UCUCCAGAGAGCACAGUAGAGCAGAGAUAGAUGGCGGAGUCCCAAAAUAACAACCAAGUGAAUGAACAUCUCUUAAACCGGAGCAGCCACCCUGCAGAGGCGGCACACAUCGUGGAGUCUCGUCGCCUUGAAGAGGUGCUGUCAAACGCAGAGCUACCCUUGUGGAAGAGGCUGCCAUCUGCCACGUGGAUGGAGCUGAAGCUACUGUUCCCACUGGCGGGACCCGCCAUACUGGUGUACUUCAUCAACAACCUGAUGUCCAACGCCACUCGUGCCUUUGCUGGCCACCUUGGCAAUCUCGAGCUCGCAGCAGCAAACCUUGGCAACAGUGGAGUUCAACUCUUCGCUUAUGGCCUUAUGUUGGGUAUGGGAAGUGCAGUAGAAACCUUAUGUGGACAAGCCUACGGUGCCAACAAAUACGAAAUGUUAGGUAUAUACAUGCAAAGAGCCACCAUUGUAUUAACCCUAACCGGAAUCCCCUUAACACUGGUCUACAUCUUCUGCAAACAAAUCUUGCUCUUCAUAGGAGAGCCACCAUCACUGGCAUCCGCCGCAGCAGUAUUCGUCUACGGUUUAAUCCCUCAGAUCUACGCCUACGCCAUCAACUUCCCCAUUCAGAAGUUCCUACAAGCUCAAAGCAUAGUCUCACCAAGCACAUACAUAUCAGCGGUAACGCUGGUUCUUCACAUGUUGCUGAGUUGGGUGGUGAUCUACAGGCUAGGGUUUGGGCUGAUUGGGGCUUCUUUGGUUCUGAGCCUGUCGUGGUGGAUCAUAGUGGUGGCGCAGUUUGUGUACAUUGUGCGUGCACCCGAGUGUAGGCACACUUGGACUGGUUUUAGCGUUGAGGCGUUUAAUGGGUUGUGGGAGUUUUUGAAGCUGUCGGCGGCGUCGGCGGUGAUGCUGUGCUUGGAGACAUGGUACUUUCAGGUUUUGGUGAUCAUCACUGGCCUUCUUGAGAACCCUCAGCUUGCUCUUGAUGCAAUCUCAGUCUGCAUGGCAAUAACAGGGCUGAUGCUGCAGGGUGGAAUUGGUUUUAAUGCGGCUGCAAGUGUUCGAGUAAGCAACGAGUUGGGGGCAGGGAAUGGUCGAGCAGCAGCAUUCUCAGUAGUAGUAGUGAACAUACUAUCGUUUGUGAUAGCGGUGGUUGAAGCAGUGGUGGUGCUAGCACUUCGUAAUGUAGUAAGCUACGCAUUCACGGAGGGGGAAACAGUGGCCAACGCAGUCUCGGACCUCUGUCCCUUCUUGGCAAUCACUCUCGUUCUCAAUGGCGUUCAACCCGUUCUCUCCGGAGUGGCGGUUGGAUGUGGGUGGCAGGCAGUUGUGGCAUAUAUAAAUGUGGGAUGCUAUUACGGGGUGGGGAUCCCAUUGGGUUGUCUCCUGGGCUUCAAGUUCGACUUUGGUGUUAAGGGAAUAUGGUCUGGAAUGAUUGGGGGGACAUUGAUGCAGACGCUUAUUUUAUUGUGGAUCACAUUUCGUACUGAUUGGAAUCAAGAGGUAAAUACAGCCAAAAAACGACUGAACAAGUGGGAACAAAAAAAGAAAACUAAGAAUCAGAGCUGAUAAAUAUGUGGAUGAUACUAGCAUACAUAUUGAAUUCUUACGAUACGGUUCUUGGUCCAAAUGCCAGUGGGAUACUGUAAUGAGUAUAAUUAGACCAUACUAAAAAUAUUAGAUCAAUAGACCAUUGAAUUUUGUCAUUUUGUACUAUUUGAGUCGUAUUUUUUUAAUGUUUUUAGUCGAAUUCUGUA